UGUCUAUUUGUCUAACAGUUUGUUUACCCUACUGUGUGUUUGUUUAUCUGCUUCUCUGACGCAGACGAGGUCGACCAAGUAUGACAGCCUCCCUGAGCUCCUGCAGCGGCUUAGAGGUCCUUCUCUCCACUCUGCAGAGUGCAGGGGAUGUGGAGAGCACCUUAACUACCCUAAGUGUCCUGGAUGAACUUCUGUCUGCUGGUACAGAUCGUCGUAUCCACUACAUGAUCAGUAAGGGUGGUAGUGAGGCCUUGCUCACUUCACUCGUCAGCACUGGUCGCAGCAUCAAUCCCAACUACACCGUCCUGUUGCCACUGCUGCACCUGUUGGCCAAAGUUGGACACAGAGACCGUCGUAUAGGUCUGAAGGCAGAGAAGGCUGGAGCUGUGCUGCUAACUCUCAAUCUGCUCAAACAAAAUGUCAGACACGCCAGGAGGGCUGCAGCCUGUCUGUGGGUCAUCUACGUCUUCUCUUCUUCAGUUUGUACAGCAAACCUGAUAGCAGAAAAUUUUGGACUGGAUGUCAUCUACCACCUCAUCCCUCAGUAUACCACCAAACAUCUGCACACCAUCAAGGCAGCCAUUAAUGCGCUUGCUGCUCUGCUGUGCACAAAGACCAAUAUUGGCUUGGUGCUAUCUAAGGGUUACAUCUCCGGUCUCUUACGGCUUUAUGAGGACUGGCACAGCAAGGAUACACAGCAUGCUGCCAUAGCAAUUCGCCUCGCGCUGCUGUGCUGCCUCCAUAAGGUCACCCACAAUACUGCUGGCAAGAUGGCUUUUGUGUCCCAGGGAGGCAUCAGACUGCUGUAUGAAGCUACACAGACAUGCUUGCUGAGUAAAGAUCUGGAGUCUCUGGUGGAGCCCUCUGUGCAGCUGAUGAGGAAGUGUCUCCCUAAAACUCCUCUACCACUGACAUCAGAUAAGUCUGCAUACACCUUCAUCCUGCCUGGGCAGACACAUGAUGUCCCUGAUAUGGAUGCAGAACCAGCUGACAGCAGUGAGGAGAGUGAUGAGGAGGAGGCUGAAGAUAACCAGGAGGUAGACUAUGAUGAUGAUUUGGAGAAUGACGCCAACAAACUUCGUCUUCGUCCUGACCCAGACAGACCUAAAGAGCUGCUGCCACAGUACAGUCGCUUCUGUCCUGAACUCUUGUGUGACUUCCAGGAGCUGGAUUUGAGUUCCGAGCCAGACAAGAGUACAACAGCAUCAUCAUCAUCAUCAUCAUCAUCAUCAUCUUCAUCAGAUGAGGAGGCUGUGCUGCUCAACAGUUUCCCUCUUUGCUACUCCAGGAGGGACAGAGGAAGGAGGACCUCCUCUUCUAGGUCUAACUUAGAGACAGAGCCUGAGGGACACACACCAGUUGCUGCCCAGUUAGAGGCCCGUGAUUUCCACAGUCACAGCAGCAUCCUCAGCACCAGCCCCAGAUUUAAGACCAUGGUCAGAGAGGCAAGGGGAGAAGCCCCAGGAGGUGAGAGAGCAGAUGAGCCAGAUGAUGACGAGGAUGCAGAGGAAUCCUACCAUCGUACCGUGAUAGACAGGGUACUGGAGAGACAUGGAGCCUGUAUCCCGCAUCAUGACCCCAAGCUAUACCAAGCUGCAGCUGCCCAAACCAAAUCUAUUCCAGGGUUCAGCAUUCUGGCUUUUCCUGAUUUCUGGGGUCACUUCCCACCACCAGGACAUGAAACUAUGGCCCCACGCAAACCCAACAUACAGAGGCAGAAAGUGUUGGAAGAUGUCCAGCGUUUCCUGAACACUGCUGACAUCAUCAACCAGGUCGUGUUUGACCUGGAAGACAGCAGUCUUCAGUGUCCACCUGAUUCCUUGAGGUUUUUCUCUAAAUUUGAAUGUGGGAACCUAAGGAAGGCUAUCCAGGUCCGCAGACAUGAAUAUGACCUCAUAUUGAAUGCAGAUGCUAACUGUAACCAGCACACCCAGUGGUUUUACUUUGAAGUCAGUAACAUGGUGGCAGACGUCUCCUACAGGUUUAAUGUCAUCAACUGUGAGAAGAGCAACAGCCAGUUCAACUAUGGAAUGCAGCCGGUGCUGUACUCAGUAAGGGAAGCUCUGGAAGGUAGACCACACUGGGUCAGGACUGGGACUGAAAUUUGUUAUUUCAGAAACCACUUUUGUCCAGCUCAAGGCAGAAGGAAAGCAACCUUUUACACCCUGACCUUCACCAUCAGCUUCAAACACAAUGAGGACGUGUGCUACCUGGCCUACCAUUAUCCCUACACGUACUCUGCUCUGAAGGCUCAUCUGCAGGUGCUGAAGAAAUCAGUGGAUCCCAGCAAGGUGUUUUUCCAGCAUCAGAUUCUUUGUGGCACUUUGGCUGGAAACUCAUGUCCAUUGGUCACCAUCACCGCCUGUCCUGCCAGCAGGGGCUGGAGAGACAUUAACCAGCUCCGCAACCGUCCCUGUAUCGUACUAACAGGCCGUGUCCAUCCUGGUGAGUCCAAUGCCAGCUGGGUAAUGAAGGGCACCCUUGAGUUUCUUUGCAGCAGUGACCCUGUAGCUGAGAGUCUGAGGGAGGCCUUUGUCUUCAAGCUCAUCCCCAUGCUCAACCCAGACGGAGUCAUCAAUGGCACAAAUCGCUGUGAUCUCAACUGUGAGGAUCUAAAUCGUCAGUGGUGUAAACCAGACCCAGUCCUCAGUCCAACCAUCUACCACACCAAGGGGUUCCUGUACUACCUUUGCAGUAUAGGACGGACUCCACUGGUUUACUGUGAUUACCACGGCCACUCAAGGAAGAAAAAUGUCUUCCUGUAUGGCUGCAGUGUUAAGGAGACUCUAUGGCAGUCUGGCUCUGCUGUCAACACUGUGGGAUUGAAAGAGGACCCUGGAUAUAGGACCAUUCCAAAGACCUUGGAUCGUAUCGCACCAGCCUUUUCUUUCAACAGCUGCAACUAUUUGGUGGAGAAGUCUCGCUCUGCUACAGCAAGGGUGGUUGUCUGGAGGGAGAUGGGAGUGCUGAGAAGUUACACCAUGGAGAGCACUUACAAUGGCUGCAACCAGGGAAUAUACAAGGGCAUGCAGGUAGGAACCAGGGAGCUGCAGGAGAUGGGCCUGAAGUUCUGCCACAGUCUUCUGUCUGUAACCAAAGACAUGAAGGCUCUUCACAGCCGAAGACUCAUCAACCCCAUGGACCUGGAUCACAGCAUCCGGGACCACAAGUCUCACAACUGUUUUGAGGACGAUGAGCCUCCAUGUGUCGAGGAGAUUGAGUACUCCACAGACUGCCCAGCACUUAAAGGGACUGAUCUGGACUCAAAUGUUGACAGCAUCAUGGCCAGCUCUGAUGAAGAUGAUGCAGAGGAUGAAAGGCACAAGGGAGCCAAACAUCGACAAAGCAGUCACCAGUCAAUCAUGAGGAGCCGCCUACUGCCACACCUGAUCAGACAGUCCUCCACUGAAACACUCAGUGAGAAAAGAAACACAUGUAUGGGUAGCAUCAAUGGACAAAUGAUGAACUAAAGGAAUAUUUCUCUACUUCUCUACAGUUUUCCUUUAAAAGGUCUUCUAAGCAUUGUAGGUUUUGUUUUUUGAAACAUAGCAGGUGCAUCUGAAUAGAAAGAAACAUCUGGGUAAAUAAUAAAACACUUUAAAGUCCAACUUGAUAAAUUAAUCUUAUAAGCUCAUGUCAGUUCUCAGUUGAGAUGGAUCUGUUUGCACAUACUUAUGCCCCCUCCACCACUCAUUAGACCUGUCAAUGAGAACAAUGAAAAUAGAAAUGCAGUUUUGACUAGGUCCAAGCGAGAUUCUCUUACAAUAGCUGAACAGUCACUACGCAGAACAGUGAUUGUUUAGUCUCCUUCCAUUAAUUUAUCCUGAUAACACAAGUUAUUGCCACAAAAACCAUCAUUAAGUUCAUCAUUAAUAAACAUAAAAAAAAGAUGAAUCAUUCACUCAUACAGCUCAUACCGACUGUGUCUCACAUUGUCCUGAUGAGGCUUUCUGAUGUAACCUCCAACUGGAUCAUCCUGACUGAGAAACUGCAUGUAUAUGUAAUCUGAACUCUGUCACUUCAAAAAUAUAAAUACUGUAUACAACAUUUUAUUCUGGUGAUGCGGCUGGUAGAACUGUAAAGAGUAGAACUGUAUUCUAGUUGUGCUUUACAUGUGAUGUUGUACAUAGUAAAUAUGCUGUAGACAACACACUCUUCACUCCACCUUUUCAUUCCCACUAUAAAAAAUUUUAUCACAAAAGUAUAACAAUAUUCAACCAAACAAAAGACUGUUUUCUAUUCCUGCCUUAUAAUCACCUUAUCCUGUAUAAGAAUUGAGACUAACAACAAUAAUGAAUGAUAUGUUAUCAGCUGACUGGAAGGCUGCUGUCACUGCUCUGGUGGCUACAGGCUGAUACAGGAAACUGAGGAAAGACCAGCCAAUCUGAAACUCAAAUUCUGUUUUUUACAUGAUGAGAAGCAGAGGAGUUUGUGUAAAUGUAAUCUGGAUCACAUGCAAGCACAUACUCCACUGAACCUGGGAAAGUACAAUUCCAGUUCCUGAAAAGUUGGAAUGCUGUGUAAACAUAAAUAAAAACAAAAUGCAAUGAUUUGCACAGCUUGAGGUGGAGAAGCCACUGCUCUGAGCAGUUCUAAGCACGUUUUCAAACAGUAAGUUCUUGCAAAAAUCCUGUUAAUGGAGAUUUUGUGUAAUAGUGCCAAUUCAUUCAUCAUCACUCCAGCCUUAGAAAGCAUGAUACCACUAUAACCACAACUAUGAAGGUGGUAAAUUAUAUCAUUGACAUUUUGGAUAAGAAGCAGAGCUGUGUAGCUCUUUUUAUUGACUUGUCCAAAGCUUUUGAUACUGUUGACCAUUUUAUUUUAUACAGAGAUUGAAAAGUACUGGUAGUAAUGAGCAGGCAGUGGGCUGGUCUGUGAAUUACCUCUCAGAAAGGUCUUAAUGUGUCAAAUUUUAUGGGCUCUAACUUGCUAAACACUUGUAACACUGUACCCCAGGGUUCUGUUUUAGGCCUGCUGUUAUUUACAAUCUAUAUUAAUAGUCUGAAUCAAACUGUGGAUAAUGGCAGCUUUCAUUUUUAUGCAGAUGACUGUGAAAUACCGUGCUGGUUCAUCCAUCACAGAGCUGUGGCUCAGUUGCAGGCUGCCUUUAACUUUAUCCAGAUUCUGUUCUCUCAAUUAAAGCUGGUUUUGAAUGCAAAAAAAAAAAAAAAAACACACCAAAAAACUAAGGUUAUGUUUGCAAUUUUAUUGAACAGAGAUCUGACUAUAGCUAUAGUCUCUGAUCUCAAGAUCUAGUCUUGUUGUCUGUUCCUCGUGCAUGGACUGAGCUAGGAAGGAAAGCUUUUAUGUGCUCUGCUCCCCCUCACUUGCAAUAAACUCCAAAAAGAUUUAAAACUGGGAAAGCUCUCAUAAGUACAAGGGUGAACGACUUGGUUGGUAUUUGUCAUUGUGUGUAGGCGUGUUAAUUAUUUCUACAUCUUUUUUUAUUUUGGUAAUUGCUGUGUGUCUGUAACUUUGCUUAUGCUGCUGUCUUGGCCAGGUCUCCCUUGAAAAGUUAUUGUUGAUCUCUGCAAGACUUACCUGGUUAAACAUGGGUUGAAUGAAAACUCAAAAUAAAAAAUCUUUUUGACCUAAAGUCAAUUAAAUGUAGCACAAAGACAAGAUAUUUGAUGCUUGAACUGACUGGA